CAUGAGCUUCCGGUGUUGAGGAGGACCAGGGAGACGGAGGGAGAAAGAAAAGCGGGCAUAUAGCCUUCUUCGUACUCUUCGCCUACCGGUGACCCUUACAAAAGUGUGGGCGUUAGUAAUUGGAAGCCGGACGACUGCUCUUUCGGGGUGGCCAAUUUACAAUCGAAGUUUGUGUUUGCCGUGCAGUUUGAUAGUCCCCAUUCAUUCCGUUGUCUGUGUUAGCACGCUAAGCUAAGCUAUCUUAGUGUCUGCUCCGCCGGGCCUAUUUUUUUUUCUUCCUGCUGGACUUUGCAACUAGCUCGCAUUGCUAACCCACGUUUCCCCCCCACCGAUGUCUCCCCCAUCGAUUUACAAAUAAAGUCAACUCCUCUCUUUUUUUGCUAAUCGGUAUAUAGCCAAUUUAUAGUGGAUUACUAGUCGUAGCUAAUUCCUCGUGCAAGAUUUUUAGGGGGGAGGGUUUCGAGGUGCACUUUUUUGAGCGAAUAACGCAGACGCGCAAAGACGCCGAAGCUUGCAGAGAUGUCGGACUUCGACGAAUUUGAACGGCAACUGUCUGAAAACAAGCAAGCUGAGCGGGACAAGGAGAACCGGCAUCACCGCCGCUCCGGCUCCCGUAGCCGCAGCCGAGACAGGAAGAGGAGAAGCAGAGACGGGGACAGGCGUAGCCGGGAUCGCCGUCCCGACAGUAAGGAUCGCAGACACAGACGCAGCUCGCCACAGAGCUUCCCACAGGACAAAACUGCAAGCCGUUCUCCGCACCGGGAAAAGAAGAAGAUCAAGGUGAAGAAGUACUGGGACGUCCCACCACCCGGCUUUGAAAACAUCAGCCCCAUGCAGUACAAAGCCAUGCAAGCUGCUGGUCAAAUUCCGGCCACGGCCCUUUUGCCCACCAUGACUCCGGACGGCCUUGCCGUCACUCCCACUCCCGUACCCGUUGUGGGAAGCCAGAUGACCCGACAGGCUCGCAGGCUCUACGUGGGGAACAUCCCCUUUGGGAUCACUGAGGAGUCAAUGAUGGACUUCUUUAACGCUCAGAUGCGUUUGGGUGGCCUUACUCAGGCCCCCGGAAACCCUGUGCUUGCUGUGCAGAUUAACCAAGAUAAGAAUUUUGCCUUCCUUGAGUUCCGCUCAGUGGAUGAGACAACACAGGCGAUGGCUUUUGAUGGGAUCAUCUUUCAAGGCCAAAGCCUUAAAAUUCGCCGUCCACACGAUUACCAGCCGCUGCCGGGCAUGAGCGAGAACCCCAGUGUCUAUGUGCCUGGUACACAGACAAUUAAUGGUCUUGUUGUCAACACAGGAGUGGUGUCCACAGUGGUGCCUGACUCGGCCCACAAGCUCUUCAUCGGCGGGCUGCCCAACUACCUGAAUGAUGACCAGGUAAAGGAGCUGUUGACGUCCUUUGGCCCUCUGAAGGCCUUCAACCUUGUGAAGGACAGCGCAACAGGUCUGUCCAAAGGAUAUGCCUUUUGUGAAUACGUCGAUGUCAACCUCAAUGACCAGGCCAUUGCCGGGCUUAACGGCAUGCAGCUCGGAGACAAGAAGCUCUUGGUGCAGCGAGCCAGUGUGGGAUCCAAGAAUGCCACUUUGACCAGCAUAAACCAGACCCCCGUCACGCUGCAGGUGCCGGGUCUGAACAGUACCGUGACCCAAAUGGGCGGCCUGCCCACCGAGGUGCUGUGCCUGAUGAACAUGGUGGCUCCCGAGGAUCUGGUGGACGAUGAAGAGUACGAGGAGAUCGUGGAAGAUGUCCGAGACGAGUGUGGCAAGUACGGUCAAGUCAAGAGCAUCGAGAUCCCGCGGCCCGUUGACGGCUUGGAAGUGCCCGGCACCGGCAAGAUCUUUGUGGAAUUCAUGUCGGUGUUCGACUCCCAGAAAGCCAUGCAGGGCCUGACAGGAAGGAAAUUUGCCAACAGAGUAGUGGUGACCAAGUACUGCGACCCUGAUGCGUAUCACCGCCGAGACUUCUGGUAGAGGAGGCAAGACGGGGGAAAAAUAAUGUGGGGAGGUAGUUUGGCUGGGGAGGUUUGAGCUCCCACUGACCAGAUAAGCCAAUUGAGUGAACUUUUUUUUUUUUUUUUUUGGCAGUGAUCACCAUGCGUGAUGUGAGAUCUCAGAGAAAGUCAAGUAGGCUUGUUCUGGUUGUGGGAGGUUGGGGUGGGGGGAGGGGGUUCUAAAACUUUUUGAGAAAAUGUGUGUUAUGAUAGGUCCAGGGUGGGGUCAACUGUUUUUAUACUUUGUGAGCCGGAGAUGUCAUUUUUUGCCGAGAGGGGAGGGGGGCGUAACAUGUUUGUAUUUAAAAUGGAAGGAACUUGUCAAAGGUGCACCGAGGGCAAAUCCAAAAAGACGGCUGUACCGAAAUGAAAAGGGUGAGGGCAUUUCUGUUGGGCCGCCUCGUACUUCUUAUUAUUCACUAGCUGUAACGUCCAAUUGAGUUUCGCCGCCAUUAGAAAGACUAGAAAAGAUGCCAUUGUUUUGUUUGUUUUUGUUUUGUUUUUUCCUUCUUCUCUUUUCCGUCAGACUACUGCCCCGCGCCCCCCUCAGGACGAUUGCUCGAGAAUGUGUCGUGUGAAUGUCAAUGUUGCUGUUCCCAAACUAUGUGUAGCUUUUGCUGGCUCCGGCUUGUAACAUCACAUUGUACCUGUAGAAUAACACCGACUACAGUAAAGGAUGUUUUCCAUCCAACCUUUUCUAUCCAUCCUCUUCUUUCAACAGCUUUUGUUCAGGCAACACUCAAAACGUAUUUAUAGGGGAUUUUGCUUACCAAAAGCCUUAACAGUAUGAUUCCGUGACAAUUGGACAAGGAAACAAAUCUGGCCGGCCCUUUACUUAGUCCGAUCCAUUUCCAAAGCCGUUAAUCUCCUGUACUUUGCCUGGCAUUGCCAAUUCUUGUCCCUUGUUAACAUCAGAAUCUGAACUGUAACUUGUGCUUGGACCCGGUGAUGAAAUUAUUAUUUUUUGUUUCAUUUGUGUGCAUCGUCUCACCUCUUUGACAAGACCAAAUAAACACAUGAAUUAUA